AUGCCGUCCCGUCGAAGAACUCUCUUGAAGGUCAUCAUCCUCGGUGACAGCGGGGUGGGCAAGACUUCAUUGAUGAAUCAAUAUGUAAACAAGAAGUUUAGCAACCAAUACAAGGCGACAAUUGGAGCGGAUUUUUUGACCAAGGAAGUGCAGUUUGAAGAUAGGCUCUUCACUUUACAGAUCUGGGAUACUGCUGGACAGGAAAGAUUUCAAAGCCUAGGUGUUGCCUUCUACCGUGGUGCUGAUUGCUGUGUCCUUGUCUAUGAUGUUAAUUCGAUGAAAUCAUUUGACAAUCUGAAUAAUUGGAGGGAGGAAUUCCUAAUCCAGGCAAGUCCGUCUGAUCCCGAGAACUUCCCAUUUGUUGUUCUUGGAAACAAGAUUGAUGUUGAUGGUGGAAACAGCAGAGUAGUUUCAGAGAAAAAGGCUCGAGCAUGGUGCGCAUCAAAAGGAAAUAUCCCAUACUUUGAGACCUCUGCCAAGGAAGGCAUUAAUGUAGAGGAAGCUUUUCAGGUCAUAGCCAAGGAUGCCUUGAAGAGUGGGGAAGAGGAGGAAAUAUACUUGCCGGACACGAUCGAUGUUGGAAGCAGCAGUCAGCCUAGGUCCAGUGGAUGUGAAUGCUAA